AUGUGGAAUAAGGGAGUUGCUCGGCUCCCACAGCUCCCAGUGGUAAAUUGGGAGCUGCAGCUGUUGCAGAGGAGAGCUCAGCCCGGGGUGGGGAGGGCACCCGGGGAAGGUGCAGACCCAGCCUCAGCCUUCAGGCUCUUCUCUCCUCCAACUCACCUCAGCAUCACGAUGGAGCCCAACAGCCCUAAAAAAAUACAGUUUGCUGUGCCACUGUUUCAGAGUCAAAUAGAUCCCGAGGCAGCUGAGCAGAUCAGGAAACGAAGGCCUACACCAGCAUCUCUUGUCAUCAUGAAUGAACACGUGCCCCCAGAAAAAGAUGAGAAGAGAACAAACAUCCUGCAGGCAGAGUCCCAGAGUGCCUCUCCCAAGCAAAGGAAGCAGAGUGUCUUCACCCCACCUGCCCUCAAAGGGAUUAAACACCUGAAGAGUCAGAGUGAUUCCGCGUUUCCAGAGGAAGAAGAGGGAGUUAGUGAAAGGGAAGAGGAGUGGGGCCAUUAAGGAGCAUGGAGCUUCCAGCCCCAUCAUGGAGAGGAACUGAACUGCACAUCCCACCCCCCCUGCUUGUGUCCCUGGAGCUCAGCACUCCGCGUGCCGGCACUACUGGGGCUCCCGGGAAGCGCCCUCGGCUGGGAUUCACAGCCACCUGCAACUGUGUUCUGUGAUCCCUAUAUCCAAAGAUAACCAAGUUAUUUUAAAGUCAUAUUUCUUUCAUUUUUCUAUUACUUAGAAAUGUAAUUUGCAAAUGUGCUCGUGACCUGACAUCAGUACUUCCAGAGCUUAACUAUUGCAUGUGAGUUGUACUCUGAGAACUGUUGUAAAUA